UGCGCGGGUGAUAUGCGACAACAUUCCCGGUCUUGUGAACAAGCAGCGGCAGCUCUGCCAGCGGCACCCAGACCUGAUGCAGUCCAUCAGCGAGGGAGCCAAAGAGUGGAUCAAAGAGUGCCAACAUCAGUUCAGACACCACCGCUGGAACUGCAGCACGCUGGACCGGGACCACACUGUUUUUGGCAGGGUGAUGCUCCGAAGCAGCAGAGAGGCAGCAUUUGUGUACGCCAUCUCUUCAGCAGGAGUGGUCUACGCCAUUACCAGGGCCUGCAGUCAGGGGGAAAUGAAGAUCUGCACCUGCGACGGUCAAAAACGAGGGCAAGACAGUGACGACAAAGGCAACUUUGACUGGGGCGGAUGCAGCGACAACAUCAACUAUGGCAUAAAAUUUGCCAAAGCUUUCGUCGACGCCCGUGAGAGGAUGGUGAAAGACGCUCGAGCCCUGAUGAAUCUGCACAACAACCGAUGCGGUCGGAUGGUCAGCUCCUUGGGCACAGCAGGCAGAGUGUGCAACAAGUCCUCAAGAGGCAUAGAUGGCUGUGAAGUCAUGUGCUGUGGGCGUGGCUACGACACCAUGCGAGUCAAACGUGUCACUAAGUGCGAGUGCAAGUUCAAGUGGUGCUGCGCUGUGGAGUGCAAAGACUGCGAAAACGUAGUGGACGUUCACACCUGCAAACCCCACAAGCGACCCGACUGGCUGGACGUAACCUAGGAAGGAGAGCGGACAAAUCGAACGUGCACCUGACUCGUUAGCCUGUGCACUAAUGACUCCACUCUAGUUGGGAGCUUUUAACUAUAAUACCUCUGGCUUUUGAUGCUUUUAUACUUCACAAACAUUUGUUAGGUGAUGGUAAACUGGAAAUUAGAACCAGUUACCGAUCAUGUGCUGCUUUAAAAAGUGUUUUAAAAAAUAAUGUGUUGAGCGUUUUUGAAUCAGACUUUGAAACUUUGAUGCAAAAUGGCUUAAUAUUAUAUUCUGUUGUAAAUGUACCCUUGGUUGAGGCAGAUAUAUGAGCUACUGCCGGCUUCUUGUUUUAUAGUAUGUAAAAACUGUGUGCACGUAAGAGAUGAAAGAGAUAAUCACAGUAGUACUUUGUCUGCCGAUCGCUCCUUCAAGGUUGCCUUGUACACCUCUAUCAGAACGCUCUCUGGUAGUGCACUCACACUCCACAGUGGCAAAACAGUGACCUUUAAAUUUUUAACUUAAUUUUAUGAAAAAAGAUCCAAGUUGUUUAGAACCAAAUGUAAUGGGUAGGGUGAGUGGUAAGGGAAAUGUCCCGUGAUAGCUCCAGAUGUUACAGCAGACCUCUCCACAUGAUUACUUGGAGACUGGUGUUAGCCUGUGGUUUUUGCUUUUCCAAAACCUUUUUGAUCCCACCGUGCACCCGAAACCACUGCUGCUAAUUUGUGCAGCUAUCACACUAAAUAAAUAUAGUGCUUUCCAAGAGGUCUUUCUUAAUAAAGACAGGUAAUCACAUUGUAAGGUCAAAGGAGCCACAAACAGAAGAGCAAGCAAAGACUUAUCAUUUACAGCAGGGGUGUCAAACUCAAAUACACAGUGGGCCAAAAUUCAAAACUGGAA